GAGCCGCCUGGUGGCGCCGCCCACAAUCGUCGCGGUUCGAUUUCUACCCCUGGUUUCGUCGGUCUGGCCGGCGGGCGGUCUGUCGGUUCAACGGGAAGGGCGGCGGCGUGUCGAGAGCAUCGGAUGUCGGGCCGUUUAGCACUUGGUUUCCCCCGUGAGAUUGUCUGUGUCUGUGUGCUGCACGCGCCACGAUAUACAUGGCUGGCCUCGCGCCCUUGGGGCUUGGCUGUGGCCGCGUCAACGGAUAAAGUCAUCAGGCUCCCACUCUCCACACACGCACACCGGUAAAAAGUCGAGAGGCGGAGAUGAACCGCAACCGCGGGGGCACCUGGGUCGCCGCGGCCGGCCUCGGCUUCCUCACGCUCAACUCGGGCCUCGCCGCCUGGCACGCCGGGGGCGACCCCGGCUCGACCCUCUUCGUCCUGGGCUCCUACGCCGCCCUGCUGCUGCUCUUCCGCUGCCUCCGCGACUACGAGCGCGCCCCGCCGGGCUCCCCGGCCAGGGAGCGGGCGAGGCGCGCCGUGUGGACGCUCACCACGCUGCUCACGCUGGCCUUCGCCUGGAAGGUCGCGGCGGUCAUGCCCUCGGCGGCCGCGGCUGCCGUCGUCUGGGGCCUCGCCGUCGCCACCACCGCCGGAGGCUUCUUUGCUCUGUUCGUCCAAGCAUGAAGCGCCUCUUUUCUUUUUUUUUUUGUUUAGUUAUUAGUGCCUCAGGGCUUGGUUGGGUCUGUGUGCAUGUACAGAGAAGUACUGUUAGCGCUGUAGCCGUGCUAGUUGCUGACUUUGGUUGUGUAACCUCUCUGUAAAUUACUUACUGCGUACUUUGUCAUGUGAAUGGCCAUGGCCAGACUAGACCGGUAUGUGCAGUGGCACCUAUCUGAAGUCGCGCCCAAAUUGUUGGCGACCAAGCCGCGGGAUCACCUUAUCCAAAAGAGAAAAAUAUGCAGGAUCAAAUUAAUAUA